UUCCUUUCCUUGAAAAUGGCACACCAGUUUCAAACACUUGUUAAAAUAUAUACCAAAAACCAGACCCAUAAAUCUUGACCAUCUCUGUUCUCUCUCUCUGUUUCACCACAACCCAUGAACCAAUCUUAUUCUUUCACCAUCUUCUUCUUCUUCAUCUUUGUUCUUGCUUGUGCCGAUGAAGAUCAAGACUUCAUAGACUGCCAUAUUAAUUUCAAUUGCGGAGAAUUGGCGGACAUCGGUUAUCCUUUCUGGGGCAAUGGUCGACCUGAAAAGUGUGGUCACCCACUGUUUAUGCUCGAAUGUUUUCAGGAUACAACUACAAAUAUGCUCGUCCACCAACGUGUGUACCAGGUGGUCCAUAUAGAUCCUUUUUCUCAUACAAUCAAUAUAUCCAGACCCAGAGAGAGAUGUCCUCCAACAUUCGAGAAUGAAACUUUUGCUUAUCCAUUUAAUUACUCUGCCACUGUACAGAAAUUAAUCCUGUUUUACAACUGCACCGCCAUCCCUGAUUCCUCUCUUUCAAGCAAUAAUUUCUCAUGCCCCGUCCUUGGAACAGAGAGGGAUGCGUUCUACGGUGACGAUAUAUUGUUUGGUGGAGCUAGAUUCAAUGAUACUGCUUGUAAUAUUCAAGUCAAAGUUCCUGUUGAAGAAGAUAUUCUUAGUGAACUUAUUCAAACUGGAGUUGGACUACUUGAUGAGGCUUUGAAUGAACCUUUUGGUGUGAAUUACCAAACUCAUAUACUAUGCGAUGCUUGUGAGGGAUCUGGUGGGAAUUGUGGUACCAACUUGAGUUCUUUGACGCGUGAACCGCAGUUCAUCUGCUACUGUCAUGACGGACAUCAUCAGCCUGUUACGUGUGCUGAUGACAAGGAUCGAUCGGGAUGGAAGCGGAAGCUAACUCUAGGAAUUGGUGCCAGUUUUGGAAGCGUAGCCAUUAUUUGCACCAUGAUACUAAUUUGCCGCAUUGUUAAAGGAAAGAUCCUAUCAAAUAAAGAUGAUCAAGAACUUGAGGCAAUUAUUAACGGUUGUGGUCUUUUACCUGUGAAAAGAUAUUGUUUCUCAGAUAUAAAGAAGAUAACCUGCUCUUUGAAAGACAAACUAGGACAGGGGGGUUAUGGGAGUGUCUACAAAGGAAAACUAUUCGACGGUCGUCUUGUUGCAGUGAAGGUUCUUAACACUACAAAAGGGGAUGGACAAGAUUUUAUGAAUGAGGUUUUGAGCAUAAGCAAAACUUCCCAUGUUAACAUUGUCACUCUUUUGGGAUUCUGUUUAGAAGGAAGCAAAAGAGCGCUCAUAUACGAAUUUAUGUCCAAUGGGUCUCUCGAAAAGUUUAUAUAUGGCAAGAGUAACACAAAUACCAAUCACCAUUUUUUGGGAUGGGAAAAUAUGUUCCGAAUUGCAGUCGAGAUUGCUCAAGGGCUCGAGUACUUGCACCGAGGUUGCAACACCAGGAUUCUGCAUUUCGACAUAAAGCCUCACAACAUUCUUUUAGACGAAGACUUUUGUCCGAAGAUCUCUGAUUUCGGGUUAGCAAAACUUUGCAUUAAGAAAGAAAGUAUUGUGUCAAUCCUCGAGGCUAGAGGCACCAUCGGAUACAUUGCUCCUGAACUGUUUAGCAGAAACUUGGGAGGAGUCUCACAUAAAUCUGAUGUGUAUAGCUAUGGAAUGAUGAUUCUUGAGAUGGUUGGAGCAAUAAACAACACAAACAUCAAAGGAGAAAAUAGCAGUGAGGCGUAUUUUCCACAUUGGAUCUAUAAACGACUUGAGGAAGAAAAUGAUUUCGAAUUGAAUGGUGAUGUUAUGACUGAUAUGGAAAAUGAAGCUGCAAGGAAGAUGGUCUUGGUGGGUCUCUGGUGCAUACAAACUCAUCCAUCUCAGAGGCCUAACAUUAGUGAAGUAUUAGAUAUGUUGAAAGGAAGUGUAGAAAAUUUGCAAGUCCCACCACGACCUUUUGUAACUUCUCCUUCAAGAUCACCGCUGUUCGAGUCUCUCAGUUCAUCAGUUUUGAUUUUGUCAAGAAAACUUGAGAUUAAUUAUGCGCUCCCCGACGAACCCUUAACCUUAUCAAGAUUGACCAUCUCUGUUCUCUUUCUCUCUGUUUCACCACAACCCAUGAACCAAUCUUAUUCUUUCACCAUCUUCUUCUUCUUCAUCAUCUUUGUUCUUGCUUGGGCUGAUGAAGAUAAAGACUUCCUAGACUGCAAUAUUCGUUUCAAUUGCGGAAAAUUGGUGAACAUCAGUUAUCCUUUCUGGGGCAAUGAUCGACCUGAAAAGUGUGGUGACCACCAGUUUGGGCUCAAAUGUGUUGACAAUAUAACUGGCACUAUAUCCUUCAAUCUGCAUGAAUACCAGGUGGAAGAUAUAAAUUCUUCUUCUCAUACAAUCAAAAUAUCCACACCCAGAGAGAUAUGUACUCCACCAUUCGUGGAUGAAACUUUGGCCUCUCCAUUUAGUUACUCUUCCACUGUACAGAACUUAACCCUGUUUUACAACUGCACCAGCAACCCUUUUUUUAUCGAAAGUCCAAGAUAUUAUUUCUUAUGCCCUGUCAAUGGAACAGAGAGGGACGUGUAUUACGCUCGUUGGGUGUAUGGUGAAGAAGAAUUCAAUGAUACAGCUUGUACUAGAAAAGUUGAUGUUCCAGUUGAAGAGGAGGUUCUUGUUGAAUUUCUUGAUAAUGGAGUUGUAAACCAUAGUGAGGCUUUGAAGAAACCUUUCAGGGUGAAUUACUUUAUCUCAACUUAUGCACUAUGUGAUAAUUGUGUGGCAUCUGGUGGGAAUUGUGGUACCAACUUGAAUUCUUCAACGCAGUUUAUCUGCUACUGUCAGGACGGACAUCAUCAGCCUUUUACGUGUGCUGAUGACAAGGAUCGAUGGGGAUGGAAGCGGAAGCUUACUCUAGGAAUUGGUGCCACUUUUGGAAGCGUAGCCAUUAUUUGCACCAUGAUACUAAUUUGCCGCAUUGUUAAAGGAAAGAUCCUAUCAAAUAAAGAUGAUCAAGAACUUGAGGCAAUUAUUAACGAUUGUGGUCUUUUACCUGUGAAAAGAUAUAGUUUCUCAGAUAUAAAGAAGAUAACCUGCUCUUUGAAAGACAAACUAGGACAGGGGGGUUAUGGGAGUGUCUACAAAGGAAAACUAUUCGACGGUCGUCUUGUUGCAGUGAAGGUUCUUAACACUACAAAAGGGGAUGGACAAGAUUUUAUGAAUGAGGUUUUGAGCAUAAGCAAAACUUCCCAUGUUAACAUUGUCACUCUUUUGGGAUUCUGUUUAGAAGGAAGCAAAAGAGCGCUCAUAUACGAAUUUAUGUCCAAUGGGUCUCUCGAAAAGUUUAUAUAUGGUAAGAGUAACACAAAUACCAAUCACCAUUUUUUGGGAUGGGAAAAUAUGUUCCGAAUUGCAGUCGAGAUUGCUCAAGGGCUCGAGUACUUGCACCGAGGCUGCAACACCAGGAUUCUGCAUUUCGACAUAAAGCCUCACAACAUUCUUUUAGACGAAGACUUUUGUCCGAAGAUCUCUGAUUUCGGGUUAGCAAAACUUUGCAUUAAGAAAGAAAGUACUGUGUCAAUCCUUGAGGCUAGAGGCACCAUCGGAUACAUUGCUCCAGAACUGUUUAGCAGAAACUUGGGAGGAGUCUCACAUAAAUCUGAUGUGUAUAGCUAUGGAAUGAUGAUUCUUGAGAUGGUUGGAGCAAUAAACAACACAAACAUCAAAGGAGAAAAUAGCAGUGAGACGUAUUUUCCACAUUGGAUCUAUAAACGACUUGAUGAAGAAAAUGAUUUCGGAUUGAAUGGUGAUGUUAUGACUGAUAUGGAAAAUGAAGCUGAAAGGAAGAUGGUCAUGGUGGGUCUCUGGUGCAUACAAACCGAUCCAUCGCAGAGGCCUAACAUUAGUGAAGUAUUAGAUAUGUUGAAAGGAAGUGUAGAAAAUUUGCAAGUUCCACCACGACCUUUUGUAGCUUCUCCUUCAAGAUCAUCGUUGUUCGAGUCUCUCAGUUCAUCAAUUUUGUGAUAACAAAUGUGUACACCUGCUAGAGAAAUUCAACUCCAUUUUGGCAUGAUCAAGCAUGUAGAAAAGAUUUAUCUAUGCAUUUUUUUUUGUAAUGCAUGAAGUUAUUGUUGGGAAAAAUAACAUAAUGGAUGAAAAGCAAUAAUAACACCAAGAAUUUUU